GAAGUUAAAACAAAGAUGGAACAGACGCUUUUUAAGGCCCUGUUUCUCUUUUCCUAGGGUGUCUUUUAUGAAUAAUCAAAAGCAGCAAAAACCAACGCUAUCAGGCCAGCGUUUUAAAACCAGAAAAAGAGAUGAAAAAGAGAGGUUUGACCCCACUCAGUUUCAAGACUGCAUUAUUCAAGGCUUGAGUGAAACUGGUACUGACUUGGAAGCAGUAGCUAAGUUUCUUGAUGCUUCCGGAGCAAAACUUGACUACCGCCGCUAUGCAGAAACACUCUUCGACAUUCUGGUGGCCGGCGGAAUGCUGGCCCCAGGUGGUACACUGGCAGACGACAUGAUGCGCACAAAUGUCUGUGUGUUCGCAGCACAGGAAGACCUGGAGACCAUGCAAGCGUUCGCUCAGGUUUUUAACAAGUUAAUAAGGCGCUACAAAUACCUGGAGAAAGGUUUUGAGGAUGAAGUUAAAAAGUUACUGCUCUUCCUGAAGGGGUUUUCAGAGUCGGAGAGGAACAAGCUCGCCAUGUUGACUGGAGUUCUUCUGGCUAACGGAACCCUUAACGCAUCCAUUCUUAACAGCCUUUAUAAUGAGAAUCUGGUUAAAGAAGGGGUUUCAGCAGCAUUUGCUGUAAAGCUCUUCAAAUCGUGGAUAAAUGAAAAAGACAUCAAUGCAGUUGCUGCCAGUCUCCGGAAAGUCAGCAUGGACAACAGACUGAUGGAGCUGUUCCCUGCCAAUAAGCAAAGUGUCGAGCACUUCACCAAGUAUUUCACCGAGGCAGGCUUGAAGGAGCUUUCGGAGUAUGUCCGCAACCAGCAGACCAUCGGGGCGCGGAAGGAGCUCCAGAAAGAACUUCAGGAGCAGAUGUCCCGCGGGGAUCCGUUCAAGGACAUAAUUUUGUAUGUCAAGGAGGAGAUGAAGAAGAAUAACAUCCCAGAACCAGUUGUUAUUGGGAUAGUCUGGUCCAGUGUGAUGAGCACUGUGGAGUGGAACAAAAAAGAGGAGCUUGUAGCAGAACAAGCCAUCAAGCACUUGAAGCAAUACAGCCCUCUGCUCGCUGCCUUUACCACGCAGGGUCAGUCUGAGCUGACCCUGUUACUGAAGAUUCAGGAGUACUGCUAUGACAACAUUCACUUCAUGAAAGCCUUCCAGAAAAUAGUGGUGCUUUUUUAUAAAGCUGAAGUCCUGAGUGAAGAGCCCAUCCUGAAGUGGUAUAAGGAUGCACACAUGGCGAAGGGGAAGAGUGUCUUCCUUGAGCAGAUGAAGAAGUUUGUAGAAUGGCUCAAAAAUGCUGAAGAGGAGUCUGAGUCUGAAGCUGAAGAAGGUGACUGAAUUUUGAGACAACAUCCUUAGUAAAGCAAACAGGAGUUGUAGAUAAAUGUCAUGUCUCAUGUGUCCUGGUUCUCACAUCUUCCUACCUCCCUGUAUCGAGCAUGAUAUAAGGGCUUUCAUGGCAAUUUUUAUUUUAACUUUUUAUGGUUCCUGGAAACGGUGGGUUUGGUUUCUGAAGCCGUGUGUAAGGAGCUGCAGGGCUGUAGAAUUGAACCUGAUGUCAGUUACCUUCUACCUCCUGUCUUUUCUACUGUAAUGAUGUGAUGUGAGGCCUUCCGCAGUGAGCAGUUCACUUUAUUCCCUGGGUUUUCUAUAGAAACAGUUUUCGAGAUAUGAUUUGGUUAAAAAUAAUUUGUUACAAAAAUUCUGUUUGCAAAUUAAACUGUAAAAGUAUCCAAAGUCUCAAAAGGCAAUGAUUUGUGUGAUAAUUUAGUAUGUCUAGAGCCCUGCUCAUCAGUGAAGAUCCUGUAGACAGUUGAAUCCAUAACGUGAAUUCCGAGUGUUUAGACCUUUUGGUUCUAUACAACCAUUUUAUUGUCCUUUAUUUAGCCCAGAUGUUGUAUGCUCUCUGGCUCCAUCCUUAGGAAAGCUAUGGAGAGCAAACCUGAGUUUGAGAACUCACGCAUGGCAGAGGGAGGAAGAAGAAGGCUGAGCUUUUUCCUAGAGACUUGUGUGUCCACUGCGUCUUUGCGGGUGGAUAAAGUCGAAGCUCUUCACCCAGCUUUCUGCUCAGGACACAGCUGAGUACCAUGAGGAAAGGGACCCAAAGGAAGCGCUCGCUGGUCACUGACCUGGAGCGAAGGGGAAAGGCGACACAGCCGUCUCCCGCCUGGCUGCACGGGCCUGGCUUCCUUUUGCUAUAUUCAAACACCUAGUAACACCCUAGUUGCUAUUUUUUUAAUUGCCAUGAGCCAAAUACUUUCUUUAAAUGAUUAAUUCAUUUACUUUAAUGGCUGCCUUUUUCAUUGCUUUUCUUUUUGCUAUCCAUCUGUAGUUGGUAGGGGGAAGGCUAUAGGUGAACAUUCUGAGUUUUUUAAUUGGUAAAAGAGAAUAGACUAGAAUAAUGCCACCAGAGACUAAGUGAAAAUUGCCCAUUUUUGAAGGUGCCAUUCUUAGAAGCCAAUAAUUUGGUAUUUAAAGCUUCUCUUGAGAGAAUACCAUGUAAUAUAAUUUGAAAUAAAGGUAUAUUAGCCUUGAGAACAUUAUAGCAAAAUCAUUGAUGGGUGGGGUGAAUUUGUGAAAUGAAUGACUUUAUAAAGUUUCAUGAGAGGCCAAUGUAUUCCCUAGAUUCUGUGUAGUCGUCGCUGUUCCUUUGUAAUUUGUAGUCCUUUAAAUAAAGUCCAUCCUUACAUUUA